AGUCUCCUUGGAAAAAAUGAAAAUAGAGGGCCAAAAGUUAUGUUGUUCCUGUCCAACUAAGUAAUAAAGGGUUAUGGUAGAUGUUCAUGGGCAUAUUAUUGGUGUAUUUGCAAAACUGUGUCAUGAUUUUACUGAAAGAAAGGCAGCAAUAUUAUUGUCUGUUUCGACUACUUUAGACAAAUAAACGCACAAACACACAUGCAUGUCGCCGUAAGACUAAUAUCGAAUAUAUCGAUGCCUAUUUAUGUAAGCCAGUUCAGUUGCAAAUAAACCAUCGCUGUGACAGUACGCAAAAUGUUUUAAAUUUAUUGAGCAUCCAAUACCGAACCUUAUAGCUAUCGAAACAUGGUCCAUAAUCGAACCGGAUGCGAAUCGAAAGAAUAAUAAGAUAAUCACCGGUCGGCGAGCGCGGCGAUACCUGGAUCGAGUGCGAAAUGCAGUUGUUUACUUAAAAACAUUAAUAUUCUCAGCUAUGCGGCGGUGAAAUUAUUAUCGUCGUGAGUUAUAAAAGUGAAUAACUUUGUUGUUUUGGGACUUAUAACGUUAUUUGUUGUUAAUCGACAUGGCUACACCAUCAAUAGACGAAGUUUCGGUGCAAUUAGAAGACAUAUAUAACAGUAUCAAGAAAGCGGAAAUUAAUUACAAAAAAUGCCCCAAGGAGAGGCUAACCCUUGGUUACGUAAAGGUGCACAUGCAAUAUAUUGACGAGUACUGGUCAUCAUUCAAGCAAUUACAUUCCGAGUUACUAAAAAUAUCAACUACGGAACAAAGGCAAUCUCUGUUAUACUUCGUUGAGAAUUAUUACGAUAAACGUGAAGAAAAAUACUUGAAUCUAAAAACUACGCUUCAGGACCUGUUGGACUUUAACACACCUACACCGGCUGGCACGCCCAUGAAUACUUCAUCAGUUUCUGGAGAUAUUAAGACAGUAAUGGAUGUGAAAUUACCUCGUUUAGAAUUACCGAAAUUUUCUGGUCUUUAUGAAGAUUGGCAGGCGUUUGAAGAUAUUUUUACAUCAAUAAUUCACAACAACCAGUCAUUGAGUGACGUGCAGCGGUUUUACUACCUAAAGUCUUGUUUAAUCGGAGAAGCCAGCACAACCUUGAAGCAUUAUAAGGUCGUGGAGAAAAAUUACAGACCCGCUUGGGAUACAUUGAAGAAACGUUACAGUCAUAAACGUCUUGUGGUCAAUGCAAUUCUCAAAAGGCUGUUUUCAUCAAAAAAAAUGUUGAGUCAAUCUCCUAGCCUAUUGAAAACAUUAGUUGAUAAUAUGAAAGAGUGCCUUCACAGCUUUAAAGGUCUGUCGAUUAACACUGAUGCUUGGGACCCCUUGCUUAUAUUCUUAGCGACUCAAAAAUUGGACCCAGAGAGCCACAAACAAUGGGAAGAGCACGUGAGCCUGCAAGAGACUGGGGAUCUGCCUACGAUAAAUGAAUUGUUUCACUUUUUGGAGAAUAAAAUACAUACAUUGGAAUUAACGUCUGCAGCGUCGUCGCAAGCCAAAACUGUUAAAGAACGAUCAUUUCACGCCAGUGCUACAUCCGAAAAAAAUUGUCUUUUCUGUCAAGAUGCUCAUGCCUUAUGCCAUUGCAAGCAAUUUGGAAAAUUGGAUCCCAGCGAAAGAAGCGAAUUUGCUAAGAAUCAAAAAUUGUGCUAUAAUUGUCUUCUACCAGGGCACUCAGUGCUGUUCUGUAAACUAAAUGUAUCCUGCAAGGUCUGCCAUCGUCGACACCAUUCACUCCUCCAUCAAAGUAGCUAUCGAGGAGCGACGCCAGCAGCUGAAGAGAAUAAGACAACUGACGUUUCUGCACAUGCCAAAAUGGAAGAAGUUGACGACGGGAGCCAAAACGACGAUGAAAGGUUAGAAGAUAUAGCAGCCAAUUUUGCAGCAGAUGAAUCAGCUGGGCUAUUGGCUACGGCUAUAGUACCGGUACGAGAUACGACUGGAAGGGUGAUCCUGCUGCGAGCGUUGGUGGAUAAAGGAUCACAAGCGACGUUUAUCACUGAAAGGGCAGCUCAACUAUUUAAAGUGAAGAGGGAGUAUAUUAGAGGGAGAAUUACAGGCGUUGGCGACACAAAUACAAGGGUUAAUCAUACCGUCCGAUUAGAUGUUCUUUCACGAUAUGAGAAUAAAUUCAACCUCAAUGUAAAGAUGUAUGUCAUGCCUACGCGAGUGACGAAGGUGCUGCCAUCCAAAAGGGUACCUAUAAAUGAAGAAUCCGGUGAUUGGGCGCAUUUGAAAGAUCUCCCUCUAGCAGAUCCCACAUUUAACAAACCUGGAAGAAUAGAUUUGCUUCUAGGUGUGAAAGUGUACUCACGAAUCUUAAAGGAAAAAAUAAUCAAAGGUCCACCAGGAAAGCCGAUUGCGCAACUUACUAGCCUGGGUUGGAUUAUCUUCGGAGAAAUUGAUGAAUCAAACUCUCAAGAUGAUGUAAUAGCAAUGCAUCAUCAGUUAGACCUGGAUAAUAUGGUGAAAAACAUGUGGGAGUUAGAAGCACCUUUUAAACGAGCAUAUACAGCAGACGAAAGACUCUGUGAAGAAAUAUACGAAACCCUUCACUCCAGAACUGAAGAUGGGAGGUAUAUUGUGAAGCUACCUAUGAGAAAUAAACAGCCUCAAGCAACACAAGGUGAUACCAGAAGCAUAGCUAUGAAACGACUUAAGCAGUUAGAAUCACGUUUCGAUAGGAUGCCUCCGUUGAAAACUGAAUAUACCAGAGUGCUUGAGGAGUACCUAGCCAUGAACCAUAUGGAAGAAGUUCCAGAAGAGGAAAUGGAAGAUCCAGCUGUCUAUCUAUCUCAUCAUGCUAUAAUUAGAGAGGAAAAAGAGACAACGAAAUAUAGAAUUGUAUUUGACGCGUCAGCCAAGGGUUCCAAUAACAAAUCAUUAAACGAUGAUUUAUUAGUCGGACCCCAGCUACAAGAAUACUUGCGAAACAUUAUCAUGCGUUGGAGGAUGAGAAAGGUAUGCUAUGUAGCCGAUGUGGAGAAAAUGUACCGUCAAAUACUGGUAACCAAAGCUGACACCAACUAUCAAAGACUUCUAUGGCGUAAUAAUCCAAAAGAAGAAGUUAAAGAUUAUCGCCUGCUUCGAGUUACCUUUGGAACAGCAUCGGCCCCUUAUUUAGCCGUCAAGACGCUUCAUCAGAUAGCUAUGGAUGAAGGCAAGGACCAACCUAAUGCGGCACGAGUCAUUAAGGAGGACUUCUAUAUGGAUGAUUUGAUAUCAGGGAAUGACACCGUAGACGAGGCCAUAACCACAGCACGGGAAGUAAAGAGGAUACUACAACGAGGAGGUUUUCACUUACAAAAAUGGACAUCAAACGAACGAGAGUUCUUGGAGCAAAUUGAAGCGUCGCAACGAAGCUCGCGAGUUAAGAUGGAUAUCAAAUUAGAUGGAACGAUUCAAGCAUUAGGACUAUCCUGGAAUGUGGGCAACGACAUCUUUCAAUAUACAUUAGAGCUACCCGACAUUCCUGAAAUUGUAACCAAACGAAACAUACUCGCUCAAGUACAAAGACUAUUUGAUCCUCUUGGGUGGUUGGCUCCUGCAAUUCUACCAGCUAAAAGUUUACUGCAACAGUUAUGGCUUCAAGGUAUUAGCUGGGAUGAGGAGGUCAGUGCUGAUUUUAAGCAAAAAUGGAUAAACUUACGUCAAAGUUUUGAUUACCUCCGCGACAUCGAAGUAGAGCGAUGGUUAUAUACGACUCAAAGUAACUUGCAAGCAGUUUCCGUGCACGGGUUUUGUGAUGCAUCCACAAAAGCAUAUGGAGCUGUAGCUUACCUCAGAGUUGAGACAGAAGGAGAAAUACGAACUGGAAUAAUUGCUGCCAAAACACGCGUCGCACCUGUGAAACCAGUCUCUCUUCCAAAACUGGAACUGUGUGCUGCGGUACUCCUCUCUAGACUACUCAAACAAGUAAAAGAAGCAAUGAGAAUACCCGAUACUCACUUAUAUGCCUGGACAGAUUCUUCCGUAGUGCUAUCAUGGCUAUUAGGUGACCCUGGAAGGUGGAACGUAUUUGUUUGCAAUCGAGUCGUCGAGAUAUUAGACAACAUUGGCAAUCAAAGGUGGUACCAUGUUGCCUCUGAAGAUAACCCAGCAGACAUCGCGAGUAGAGGGACAACCCUUCAACUACUAGCACAAGAUCAAAAAUGGUGGAAAGGCCCGAAGUGGCUGCAGACUGACGACAUUCCAUAUAGAAGACCUGAAAUAAAAGAAACAGAAUUAGAAAGAAAGAGAAAUAUACAAGUAAACGUGAAUAUAGAAAGUGAAGAGCCUGGAAUUAAAUUUGAAGAGUUUGAUACAUUGUCAGAGCUUUUGAAGACGAUUGUUUAUAGCUUGCGAUUCCUUAACAGUAAGAAGACCCCUGAAAAUAUACAAAAGGAAUUAACAACUACAGAACUAGAAAAUGCUUUAAUAAGAUGUAUAAAAAUAGUACAAAGAAGAGAGUUUGGUGCGGAGCUAGACAACCUAAUGAAAGGCAAGGAUGUAAAAAGGGAAAGCACAAUAAAAGGGUUGAAUCCUUACCUUGAUGAGAAAAAUGUUCUCAGGGUAGGCGGAAGACUUAGGAAUGCUGACAUUCCUGAAGAAAGAAAACAUCCUAUUAUCCUGAGUAGUAGGAAUGCGUUAACACUGUUAAUAAUAGCAGAUGCUCACCAGAAAACUCUGCAUGGCACGAUGCCGUUAAUGUUUGUCUAUCUACGUUCAAAAUACUGGAUCCUCAGAGUUAAAAACGCCAUUAAAGCAUAUAUUCACAAAUGUGUUGUCUGCGCUAGACAAAGAGCGAUUACACGAACGCAGAUUAUGGGAGACCUACCUAAAGUUCGCAUUACGCAAGCCCGACCAUUCUUACACAGCGGAGUAGAUUUUGCUGGGCCAAUUCAAGUUUUGAUGUCAAGAGGCAGGGGAGCAAAAUCUAAUAAGGCCUAUAUCGCAAUCUUUGUCUGCAUGGUCGUCAAAUGCAUUCAUCUCGAACUGGUUGGCGAUAUGACCUCAGAAUCCUUCAUAGGAGCCUUCAAGCGUUUUGUUGCCCGGCGAGGAAGAUGCACGCACCUAUGGAGUGACCAAGGACGCAACUUUGUCGGCGCCGACAAGGACUUGACCAUAGCAUGGACAGAAUCAAAUUUACAACUCCCAGAGCGGUUAAGUAGCAUACUUGCUGACGAUGGAACGCAAUGGCACUUCAUACCUCCAUAUAGCCCAAACUUUGGAGGUCUGUGGGAGGCCGGCGUUAAGUCAGUAAAGUUCCAUUUAAAAAGAAUACUCACCGCCAAUCUUACCUUUGAAGAGUUAAGCACGACGUUAUGUGAGAUUGAAGCGUGUUUGAACAGUCGGCCUUUGAUUCCUGUGGAUACCACCGACCCCGAUGUCGAAGUUCUCACGCCUGGACAUUUCCUCAUCGGCGAGGCGCCAGUUACAAUACCUAACCCGGAUUUACGAGAGAUCAAUACCAACAGGUUAUCACGGUGGCAAUUCACCCAAAAACUCGUUAGAGACUUCUGGCAUAAGUGGCAAAAUGAAUAUCUCUCCCGUCUUCAAGAAAGGCCAAAGUGGUUGAAACGAGAACGUGAAUUCGAACUCGGAGAUAUUGUACUGAUAAAGGACGAUCAACUUCCACCAGGAAAAUGGUCACUUGGAAGGGUGCUAGACAAGCACCCAGGUCCGGAUGGCGUGACUCGUGUUUAUAGUGUGCGGUGUCGUGGGGAUGUUACCAAACGUUCCGUGUCAAAAUUGUGUGAACUGCCUGUUAAUACUAAUGAACAAUAAUUGUGAUUUUGCAUUAUUUGUUGCAUGAUUGUAUUGUGUUAUGUAUCAAAAAUGCCCUUGAGUCUUUUCUUUACAGAAAUUUUAAGUAAUUUCUCAUAUAAGAAUUGAACGAAUCUCACUAAUUAUAAUUAUUAGUUAUUUUUGGCUGCUGGUUAUGUAUUCCGCUGGGCUUUUGAUGUGUUCUUACCUUUUAUUAUCUUAUAAAUUUGUAAGAGCCAACAUGCAUGUGCAUGUAAGUGACUAUUAGUGCGACUUAGUUGUAAUAUUAAUUGACGCCUUCAACAAAUAACAAAGUAAUCAUCUUUGAUUAUGCCUGAGUGAAAAAAAAAAAAUUUUUUUUUGGUAGGCGGCAUGUUUCGACUACUUUAGACAAAUAAACGCACAAACACACAUGCAUGUCGCCGUAAGACUAAUAUCGAAUAUAUCGAUGCCUAUUUAUGUAAGCCAGUUCAGUUGCAAAUAAACCAUCGCUGUGACAGUACGCAAAAUGUUUUAAAUUUAUUGAGCAUCCAAUACCGAACCUUAUAGCUAUCGAAACAUUGUCAAAAACGUCUAAAUCACUAUUUGCGUUGCCUUAUCUGCUAGGUUGAUGCGGCGCUUUGACGCGCUCGCGCAGACUUAAUGUCUACUUCUUAAAAUAUGGUAUCUGUUUGUGGAGACCGGACUGUUCAACUUUACU